AUGGAUAUCGUACGAGGAGCAUGUUCCGUUGAGAAAGUCGGGGGAAUGGUGUUUAUCAGGGAAGAUCUUGCUCCCCUGAUGUUGGAAUGGAAACCAAUUGAUGAGCAAGAAAAAGACAGAUCGAUUUCGAUACCAUUGAAUAGUAUAUCAGCUUUACAAAGUACUAAAGAGACUUCUCCUAAAAUGAUCUUGAAAGUGGCAUAUAAAGUCAAACCAGAAGAUGGAGGUACAGAAGAAGUAGAGAAAGCUUUCAAAUUGACUUUUACAAAUAGACCUACAAUGAACAACAUCAAAGACUCAUUACAAACUAUUGUGGCAAGAUCAAGAACAAGAGUUGAAGGGACAAGUACACCAACACCCACUCCACAACCAUCUGUAAAUAAAGAAUCAACUGCAACACCAGUACCAUCAUCUGCGAUUCCAAGCUCAUCUUCAUCUUCAUUAUCAUUUCAUACAUCACAGUCAUUAUCUGAUGCAAACUUGUUAAAAAAUUUUGAACUACAGCAAAAACUACUAUUGGAGGAUCGUCAAUUACGUGAUAUUUUCACCAAAUCUGUAAUGCAGUUCAAGUUGUCUCCUCAGAUUUUUUGGUCAUCGAGAUUGAACCAAUUGCGUACAUUUGCAUUGACUAUUUCUCAGAAUAAAGGUCCUUAUAAUGUCUUGAGUACUAUCAAACCAGUUGCUACAUCUGAUAAUCAAGUUAACGUGAAUGUUACUCGUGAUACGAUUAAUGAAAUUUUUUUGAUUUAUCCAAUUAUCAAGAAAGCUUUUGAUGAUUUAGUGCCAAAUAAGUUUAGUGAAGGGGAGUUCUGGUCUAGAUUUUUCAAUUCCAAACUUUUCCGAAGAUUGAGAGGUGAUAAGAUUAGUAUUAAUAACAGUAGGGGUGAUGUUAUUUUAGAUAAGUAUUUGUACAUUGAUCAAAACUAUCAAGAGAAAGCAUCAACAGCACCACAAAAGGAAGAUAAUGUGGAUAAUAAACCAGCAAACUCGCUGAAGAAGGGAAGAAAAAGUGGUUUUAUUGAACCACCUAAAUUUGAAGAAAUGGUGGUACCAGAACCAAAUAUCAGCAAGUUCCUCGAUUUGCUUGGUAAUGAACAAGAUAAUUCACAAAAAUUAGGAAAUCGUCCGGAUAUUACCAUGAGAUGUGAUGAAGCAGCUCUGAAUUUGUUUGAUAAACAGAAAAAACCAACUUUUGGUAAUGAAAAUGAAAUGGCUAUAUUGAUGAGAAAUAUGAAUAAAUUGUCUACUAAAAUGAUGAGUAUGAGUUCAAUGGAAAAUAAUGCUAAACCAGAAGAUUCAGUUGAUGGGUUAUCAGCAAGUGAAGUCAACGAAUAUCAAGAUGAGUUGGAUUUGCAUGAUUUGAAUGAAAUUGAGAACUUGCAGUAUAUCAGAUUAAACAUUAACCCAGAUGUUGCGAAAGGAGUUAACCUUGACAAUGGUGAAAAUGGUGAUAAGAAUGUAUCUAAAGAAGAAAUCAAUGAUUAUUUGCGUUCCCAAUUGUUUCAAGGUCAGAUCAAAUUGACUGAUACUUAUACAUCUAGAAGCGAAGAAAUUGAAAGGACAUCAAUGGAAAUUGCCAUGUUGAUCAAACAAAAUUUUAGAACUUUUAAAUUGAUCAAUAAAGAGACAGAUUCAACUGGUAAUAAUAUUGUUCCAAAUGCAUUGAUUCAAGAAAUUAUCACAUACAAUAUCACCAUUGUUGAAUUUUUGUCACAUUUUUGGAAGAUUUUUUUGCAUGGGAACAAUCCAGGUCAACUUAAAAAAAUAUUUACAAGUUUAAGAAACUGUCAAACUGGAUUAACCGAGUUGGAAAAUAAAGCUACAGAGCAAUUCAAAAGUAUGGAAAUAAUUCGUAGUAAUGAAAAGUUACAAGAUAAAGUUCUUAAAGAGUUGGGAUAUUGUCUUCAGCCGAUGAAAUCAUGUCUUGAACAAGCAUGUAAUGAAUAUAUCAAUGCUGUAAGAAGAUCCAAAACUGAAUUAAACGAGAAUGGGAAACGUCCAUUACCCGAACAAUAG